UUCUCCCGCUUCGUCGAGGUCGGGCGCGUCGUGCUCAUCAACUACGGCCCCGACGAGGGCAAGCUCGCGACGAUCAUCGACAUCGUCGACGGCAACAAGUGCCUCGUCGACGGCCCGGCGACGAAGACGGGCGUCGCCCGCCAGGUCAUCCCCUUCAAGCGCGUCGCGCUCACGGACAUCGUCGUCAAGAUCCCCAAGAACGCGCGGCAAAAGACGCUGAACAAGGCCUGGGACGAGGCCGACGUCCUCGCCAAGUGGGACGCGUCCUCCUGGGCGAAGAAGCUCGCGGCCAAGAAGAAGCGCGCGUCCCUCACGGACUUCCAGCGCUUCCAGCUCAUGGUCGCGCGGAAGCAGCGGUCCGCGAUCGUCGCCGCCAAGGUCAAGGAGAUGUCCUAG